UUGCCGCUGCUGUGCGUGGCCGCGGGGCUCCUGGGACCCCCGGCCUGCGGCGCCACCGACCUCUACGCGACCUCGUUAGAGAAAGUUCACUUCAAGUCAUGGAUGGUGCAGCACCAAAAGAAAUACAGCUCAGAGGAGUACCACCACAGGCUGCAGACGUUUGUCAGCAACCGGAGGAAGAUAAAUGCCCACAACGCUGGGAACCACACAUUUAAAAUGGGGCUGAACCAGUUUUCAGACAUGAGCUUUGCUGAAAUAAAACGCAAGUAUCUUUGGUCGGAGCCUCAGAAUUGCUCAGCCACCAAAGGUAACUACCUUCGGGGGACUGGUCCCUACCCGCCCUUCGUGGACUGGAGGAAAAAAGGGAAGUUUGUGUCACCGGUGAAAAAUCAGGGCGGCUGCGGCAGCUGCUGGACCUUCUCCACCACGGGGGCCCUGGAGUCCGCCAUCGCCAUCAAAAGUGGGAAGCUGCUGUCUCUGGCGGAACAGCAGCUAGUGGACUGCGCCCAGAACUUCAACAAUCACGGCUGCCAAGGGGGCCUCCCCAGCCAGGCCUUUGAGUACAUCCGGUUCAACAAGGGCAUCAUGGGUGAAGACAGCUACCCCUACAAGGGCCAGGACGGUGACUGCAAGUUCCAGCCCAGCAAGGCCAUCGCUUUCGUGAAGGACGUGGCCAACAUCACCAUCAAUGACGAGGAGGCGAUGGUAGAAGCCGUGGCCCUGUACAACCCCGUGAGCUUCGCCUUCGAGGUCACCGGGGACUUUAUGAUGUACAGGAAAGGUGUCUACUCCAGCACGUCUUGUCAUAAAACUCCGGAUAAAGUCAACCACGCGGUCCUGGCUGUUGGGUACGGAGAACAAAAUGGGAUACCCUACUGGAUCGUGAAGAACUCUUGGGGUCCCCAGUGGGGGAUGAACGGGUACUUCCUCAUCGAGCGCGGGAAGAACAUGUGCGGCCUGGCAGCCUGCGCCUCCUACCCCAUCCCCCUGGUGUGAGCGGGGGCUCCUCGGCGGCCCACCGGCGAGCAAGGGCAGAGCGGGCCGGUGGUGGAAGGCCUGCCCUGCAGGAAGGGGGGCCCUCGCCCCCGUGCCGGGCCUGGCGGCCGUGAGAAAGUGAGGAAGAAGAGUCCUCCCCGCCCGCCCCCGAGCAGCAGGCCUACCCGUGUCCUCCGAGGCGAGGGAGGCCACCAGCUGUGUGCCUUAAACAUGCCUUGACUGACGCGAACCCAGACUCGAGAAUGUUCUUUAUUUCCCCCAGGGACUGCUUCCCAUGUGUGGACAGCACCCACGACUGUCUUUUCUGUGAUCUUUACCCAAUAAACAUGUGGUGAACUCCUC